UCGGACGACGCCAUGCUGCCUGACGUCACCUCCCGGCGACGCUUCCCCGCUCCGCGCCGCUCCCCGUGCAGGGCGCCGGCGGAGUGACGCCAUUACGGGGAGGCAGCCAAUGAGCGCCGAGCGCGCGCAGAGGAAGAAGGAGAGGCCGGCUGAACCGAGGGGACCCACCAUGUCUGAGUAUUUACCAGAAGUCACCAAUAACUGUGUUAGUCCUGAGGAUGCCGAGGAAGAACUCUUGAAAGAAUGUGAAAGUAUUUGGAAGCACAUGGAAAAGCAUCAGAGCAAGCUACUGCUUCUAGGAACGGAAGCAAUGUUAGAAUCAGAUGUCAAGCUUUGCAUGUUAAUGAUGCGAGUGAAAGCUUUAAUGGCGGAAUAUCAUCAAUGGCAAAAUAGAAGUCCUGAUUUAAUUUCCACCAAUCCAGAUGUACUGUUAGAAUUAGGAAAAGAAGAGUUGCAGAAAGUGAAGAAUGAUCUUGAAAUGGUGCUGUCGAUAGUUCAGUUAAAGAAUAAAAAACUGGAAGAAGAUCUGAAAAGAGAACAGCAGUGGCAUAAGGAACAGGAGCUGAUACUAGAUACUCUUACUGGAAUUGAAGAAGAGACAAAAAUCAAAAUUCAACAACUUCCCAAAACGAGUUUGACUGCUAGAGCAUUUCAAGAACUGCAAAAUAAAGUGUCGAAACUAAGAAUGUAUAAGGAAGAGCUCUUGGAUGCUCUGGGUGAAUUCCUAGAAGAACAUUUUCCCCUUCCAGAGAGUGAUGGAAGUGCUAAAAAGGAGAAUUCUUCUGAAGAGCCAGAUGUGGAACUGAUAACACUGAAUGAAAUUUUAGAGAUCCUCAUAGGCAAAUUAAUGAACACGCCACAUGAACCUUACGUAACCAUCGACGACUCAUUUUGGCCACCUUACAUUGAGCUGUUGCUGCGAUAUGGAAUUGCCCUGAGGCAUCCGGAAGAUCCGAACAGAAUGCGCCUGGAAGCCUUUCACAUGUAGCGUGACCUGCUUAUUUCCUUUAAAAUGAAGCAAAGCAGCAGUGCUUUUAUUGAGGGCUAAAGCAUACUUACGUUUUAUGAUUAGCUUUUUUCUUAUCAGCGGCCUCUUCUUGUAGGAUGAUUUUAUCUAGUGAAGUUUAUAUUUGGUCAGGAUAUGAAAUAUGAAAAAAGAAAAAAAAAUUUCUACUUUACCUGCUCACAGUUACAGUUGGCUUUUAGUUUAAUGGCAACUGAUGCCAUUUGCUCUGUGAAGUGUUUUUUCAGCUUCUUUAAUAAGAGGCAGAUUCAGGUAAUAGACCAAGUAAAGAUGUUUUAACAGUCCCUUUUAUUUUAAAAGUCAGACUUUAUACGUGACUUUUCUAAUAUAAAUAAUUUUUUAGAUUGCUUUACCUCAUCUCAGUUUCCUUUAGUAUUUUGUUGUACUUUGUAGAAGCAAAAUUUGAAAUAAUUUAUCUUCUCCUGUAUUGCAAACAUUUGGAACUAACAGUAGCAUCUAAAGAAUGUAGUGGGUUGGGUUUGGGUGUGAGGGGAUGGCGGGGGGCGGAUGGUAAUUGGGGUGGUGUUCUGUUGAGGGGUUUUUCCCACAGAACCAUUGCAAACAAAUUUAUUUAAGAUAAAGGCUUGCAGAAGUUGACACAUCUUUCUGUGCAAAGGGCUGCAGAUGUUGAGUGUGCAACUCUACAACGGCAUGCUUCCUAAGUGGCGUAUAUUAUGUUAUGCUACAUUGUCUAACAGGAUCCGUUUUCGCUUUUUCAGAUCUAGGUAACCAAGGCUUAUAACAGAUCUCUGUUCUAUUGAUUUCUGCAGUUUGUAAAUUGAUAGUUACCUUCAGUAUAAAUGCUGGCAUUCUGUGUCAUCCUAAUCUGCUUUUCUAUAGCCUUCAUUAUUGUACAAUGCACAAAAUUCCACUCUUGUUUAUCUGUAGUGACUAUAACCUUGGGAAAUAAAAUAUGCCUUUUAUUAACCAGA